AUGUGCUGUGUGUCAAACGAAAUCCGAUUGAGUCGUUUCCGGAACUUUCCAACGGCACUGCGAUCACUCUACCUUGGUCAAGACGACGAUUCCAAGCAUUUCCGACAGUACAUUAGAAACUACAACAACUCACUGGCGAUGGCUUCUAUGACGGCUAUGAUUGAGCCGCCUCGAGGGUACGGACCGUAUUGCUUCCGCGUCCACGGCCAAGUUUACCAUUCGUUUGGAGGACUCUAUCCCCGCGAUACUGAAGCGCCUCAAUGUGCUCAAGUAUUAAUUAUGGACACUGAAGUGGCAGCCCUCGAACUCGCAGGUCGACAAAUCAACGCGAACUGCCGCGCGACAAUCUUUCGGUUUCUCCAUGAGCUCUUGAGGAACACUAAUCCUUAUGUUCAAGCAUUCAGGCUAAUGGCCGAUGUCGUUCACGAUGAAACGCACGAAGCACAGCUCCAGGGUCGCCGUACGCGAUCGGUUAGAAUGGUGUUCGAACACAGGACGGUCGACGAUCAACGUCGUUACAAUGCUGCCACAGCCAAUGAAGUCGCCGUCGUCUACGUAGGAGAUGAAGACAACAUCCCAGGAGAACGUCGCUUGGUUGUGUAUGAAAAAACCGGUAGUCUUCGCAGUAUUCCUCAUCUCGAUAAGCGUUGUGACCCUCUCACGUAUCCAUUGUUGUUCCCUACUGGGGAAGACGGGUGGAAUCCCGAGAUGCAGCGGGACACAUCAAACCUGGAUUUACGUUCAAAUGGCGUUUCGACCACGAGAUCUCGAAUCACCCAAAAAGACUUCUACUCAUUCCUGCUGUUCAGUCGGGAUUCGGUCUUCAAUCCGUUACAUCACGCGGGUAAACUUCUACAGCAAUACAUCGUUGACAGUUGGAUUAAGAUCGAGAUGAACCGUCUCAAUUAUAUCCGCCUCAAUCAACGUCAACUUAGGCUUGACACCGUUCGCGGCCUGCAGGAUUUCAUGCUCGGUGAUACCGAUGGUGAUGGACCACCGGGCCGGAGAAUCAUUCUAGCGGCAUCCUUUACUGGAGGACCCCGAUAUAUGGUAGCGCAAUACCAGGAUGCUAUGAGUAUCGUGUCAAAAUACGGAAAACCAGACCUGUUCCUUACCUUCACAUGCAACCCUACCUGGCCAGAAAUCGUCGACAACCUCGCACCCGGUCAAACAAGCUCUGACCGACCCGAUUUGAUCGCGCGUGUUUUCCAGCUCAAAGUCAAAGCAUUUUGCAAUGAAGUCAUCAAGAAGCAAGUGUUAGGCGAGGUAGCUGCAUAUUGUGAGACCGGCUUUAGACUUUGA